GGAGAGGGGGUUGGUGGACGAGGUUUUAAAACAUGACAUUAUGAUCGGAAUCGCGCUCGCAACCCAAACGACAGUGGUCCGUUUCGACAGCUGUGGGGGAGCUGUCAUAAGUGUAUGAGGAGUGACAGAGAAAGGACUUUUACCCUAGUAAGGUAGCGGAGGAAGUGUGUGUGUGUGUGUGUGUGUGUGUGUGUAGGAAGGCGGGGAAGCUGGUGCUGGAUUUAGAAGAAGGAAAACAACAUGGCCGCCGUGGAGCUGGAGUGGAUCCCCGAGACCCUGUACAACACUGCGAUAUCCGCGGUGGUCGACAACUACAGCCGAUCGCGACGGGACAUACGCUCUCUUCCCGAAAAUAUACAGUUUGAUGUCUACUACAAGCUUUACCAGCAAGGCAGGCUUUGCCAGCUUGGAGGGGAGUUCUGUGAGCUUGAGGUCUUUGCCAAAGUCCUCAGAGCCUCUGACAAAAGACACCUCCUUCACCACUGUUUCCAGGCACUGAUGGACCAUGGCGUGAAGGUGUCCUCCAUCUUGGCCAACUCCUUCAGCCGAAGAUGCUCAUACAUUGCAGAGUCCGACGCUCACGUUAAAGAGAAAGCCAUCCAGUUUGGCUUCGUCCUAGGUGGUUUUCUGUCAGACGCUGGCUGGUACGGGGAUGCCGAGAAGGUCUUCCUUUCGUGUCUGCAGCUGUGCACAUUACAUGACGAAGUUUUGCACUGGUAUCGUGCGGUGGAGUGCUGUGUGAGGUUGCUUCACGUGCGUAAUGGCAACUGCAAAUAUCACCUGGGAGAGGAGACUUUCAAACAAGCCCAGUCGUACAUGGACAAGCUAGCCAAACACGGGCACCAUGCCAACAAGGCUGCGCUUUAUGGAGAACUCUGCGCUCUGCUUUUCGCCAAAAGCCACUAUGAUGAGGCAUACCGGUGGUGUAUAGAGGCUAUGAAGGAGAUCACGGUGGGCUUGCCUGUGAAAGUGGUUGUGGAUGUCCUGAGACAAGCCUCUAAGGCGUGUGUCGUUAAGCGGGAGUUCAGGAAAGCUGAACAGCUGAUCAAAACAUGCGUAUUUCUAGCACGGGAACAUUUUGGACACAAGCACCCGAAGUACUCAGAUACACUGCUGGAUUAUGGCUUUUAUCUCCUAAAUGUGGAUAACAUCUGUCAGUCUGUCGCCAUAUAUCAGACUGCCCUGGACAUUCGGCAGUCCGUAUUUGGAGGGAAGAAUAUCCAUGUGGCCACAGCCCACGAGGACCUGGCCUACUCUUCCUAUGUACACCAGUACAGCUCGGGAAAAUUUGACGAUGCACUAAUUCACGCAGAACGUGCCAUAGACAUCAUAAAUCACAUUCUCCCAGAAGACCAUCUGCUGCUGGCUUCCUCCAAGAGGGUGAAAGCCCUGAUCCUGGAGGAGAUCGUCGACUGCCAUAAUAAAGAGGCUGAAGAGCGCCUCCUGCAGGAGGCACAUGAUCUGCACCUCUCCUCCCUCCAGCUGGCCAAAAAAGCUUUUGGGGAGUUCAACGUACAGACAGCAAAGCAUUACGGAAACCUGGGCCGCCUCUACCAGUCCAUGCGCAAGUUCAAGGAGGCAGAGGAGAUGCACAUCAAGGCCAUCCAGAUCAAAGAACAGCUGCUGGGACAGGAGGACUACGAGGUGGCCCUGUCUGUGGGUCACCUGGCUUCACUCUACAACUACGACAUGAACCAGUACGACGAUGCCGAGCGCCUCUACCUGCGCUCCAUCGCCAUCGGCAAGAAGCUGUUCGGCGAAGGCUACAGUGGCCUGGAGUACGACUACAGGGGGCUGAUCAAGCUUUACAACUCGGUGGGCAACUACGAGAAGGUGUUCGAGUACCACAACAUCCUGUCCAACUGGAACCGACUGAGGGACCGGCAGUUCGCGGUGGCGGACGCACUGGAGGACGUCAGCACCAGCCCCCAGGCCACGGAUGAGGUGGUGCAGGCCUUCCUGCUGUCGCACAGUCUCGCCGCAGGACGCUCGUGUAUGGGCUAACGACAGGAGUGCAUUCUCCUCACUCCACGCGCGCACACACUCAAGUCCAUACACAUUCCUGAUCCCGUGUGACAGAAGGGAUUGAGCAUCAUGGUCACUUGGCUCAGGAGACCCUUUAUCCCUGUUCACAGUCCUGAACCCUGGGAGAAUGCCGUGGCGUCUCUCUCUCUCUCUCUCUCUCUCUCUCUCUCACGUGUGGGAUAAAGCCGCCUUCCAAUGGCACCAUGGCCCACUUUCCUACAGACGAUCUCCAGACUUCAAAAGAUCAGACUUUCUGAUUUCCUACAGAAGAGAGAAAACUGGGCUAAAAACCCUACAGAGACAUUGUGAUCUCGUUUUAUCCAUUGAAAUCUAAAAUGCCUGUUAAGUUUGCUUGGGGUUUUUGUUUUAUCCCCCCAUCCCCAAUCCCCUUCCUUCUAAUUUUUUUUGGGUGUCUAAAGCGUUGCUCCACCACUCAUCACUGAAGCGGGCUCCCUGCGCUACCUCAAGCAGUCUAGGUAGUGGCAACUGAUGCAAGCCUUCGCCCCUGAGACAAGUGAAGAACAAACACACUAGCGUUUCUGUUCUUAUGAAUGUCGCUGGUAUGCAGCUCCGUGUGACGCACAGUCCUACGUUAAGGUUUACCAGUAUGUUCGAGUAAGAGGAGGGCUCUGUUACUGAUCAGGCCAUUUCUGAGUGUCUUUUGCCUCUCAUGCCAUGAUAAAACUAAUUGACAAAUAGAUUUACUAUUGCUCUAGAUGCAGUUUGUUUUCUGAUUGCUUUUUAAAAAUAUAUAUAUUCUACAUUAGUACCAACGUGAAUUAAUUUAAAAUGCCAAUAAUUUAUAUGCAAACUGUGCUAUAACCUUUAGGUUUAACAUAGAAAGUGGUGAGCCAAAACCACUUCUGAUAAAACUGGGGGUGAGAUGUGGCUACUGCUGUGAGUGAAGAGACACACAGGACUGACGUUGCCACGCUGACCAUUGCUCAGUCAAACAAGACUGAGACACACACACACAUACACGAUGAUGAUGAUGUUACUGUUAUGUUAUGUCUCCAGCUCUGUGUUUCAUCAUUGACCUUUCAAACUCUAUCCAGACUUGCAAUGAUGGAAAAACUCUGACCUUCUAAGAGCUGGCAGGAGACCCACAGAAAAGAGCUGAUCAUUGCAGCUGGCUUCGUGAAGAGGCCUCCACUACAGAGGGACCAAUUCUGUUAUGGGGGUGGAGGGGGAUGUUGGGGAAGCUCUGAGCACCGCCUACAGGUCUCCUGUAGAGUUUGAGCAGACUGCAAUGUACUCUUGGCUAUUCAGUUUGUCACCUGCACUUCCAUUUAUAAGUGAAGACCUCUCUCCACCCAUUAUGAAAUCCACAAAUAAAUACAAAGGCUCUUCGCAAGGUUUUGCAGUAAAAGCAUGUUUACACAAAAACAUAAAACGUCUAACAGAGGCAGUAUUCUUAUAUUCUUCAGAGUUCCAAAAUGGCAUAUUCAGACAUGUGGUCUUUUCUACUGGACUGUAAGUUUAAUCGAAGUUUAAUGACAACAGAGGUCAGGAGUGUCCUCCGUGACCCCAGCGUUAGCUAAUGUCCUAGCCAGAGCCUAACA